AUGACCAUGUCUACCGCUCAUCAGACUUGGCUUGUUCAUCUAUACAACACCAAUCUCAUCUCCAUCAAUUCUAUCAACAUGCGUUUCUCCACCAUCAUCACCGGGUUCCUGUCCGUCUCUGGUCUUGCAGCUGCCGCACCCACCGUCGAGAAGCGUGCCUUGACUGCGCAACAAAUGGUUGAUAACAUCAACGCAAUCACAAAACAGUCCCAGAACCUGCAACCCGUCGUCUCAAAACUUACGACCGGCCGUUCCGUCAUCGCAAAGCGCCAGAUCGCCCCACCCCAACAGUACCAAGAUGCUUUAGAUGGUCUGAACAAACUCACCAACUUUAUGACUGAGAUCGUCAAAAAGCAAGACGGUAGUCAGCCAUACAACGCUUUGCAACGCAUACAGCACAAUGGCCACCACGCAGACAAAUUUGAUGAAAACCUUUAUCGGCAAGUCUGCUUUGGUUGA